AUGACCAUCAAGACCGACUUGGGGACCGCUUCAACUUGUGACGCUCCCGAAGCUCUCGAGUCGCUGCCGAUAGCGCUGGAGGAACCACUGGUGAAGAAGCGUCGGACCAAGAACUUCCAGCUGCGCGAAGACCUGGCGAAAGCCCGGGGCGUCGUGACGGUCCACGUGCCGGCGUUCGCGCCCCUGACGUUCGCCACGUGGGACGCCUUUAUCGAGACGUGGAAUGGCUACAUGGAGCGCACCAAGACCAUGUACCGACGUCGCAGCUCGUCAACCACGACGUACUGGAACAGCAAACACAAGUUCAAGAAGUACCCCGUGCCGGAGGAUUUCAAGUACGCGACGAUGGCGUACUGGUGCACGCACGGGUGCAUCCAGCCGUCGCGGGGCCAUGGCGUGCGCACGCACUUGCACAAUCGGUACACGGGCUGCUCGGCGCGCGUCACGGCCGACGUGGUGUUUGAGAUGGUGGCAGGUGAUCCGAGUAAGGUGCGCUGGAUGGUGCGCGUGCGGAAUCAGAUUUCGCAGCACAACCACCGCAUUAGCGACGAGAUUUACAACUGUUAUGCCAAUAACAGCUCUGUGCCAGAUGAGCUGUUGUUGGGGCGAGAUGCUGAGUCACAUCACAAGCAAAGGAUAAAGCAAGGGAUGGAUGAUGCAGCGUUUGAGCCGCCGAAUGUGGAGAUGGAUGCAAUAACAGUUGACCCUGCCUUCUCGCUUCGACCUCCUCCUGACUCGAAGGCGGAUGUAAAGACGUCUGUGGUGACGACGACACCCACAGCUCUCUCAGGAUUGCUGCUGAAGGAAGCGCUGGCUAACGAGCACAAGAUGAAUAUGGCGGUCUCGGAGAUGCAGCCACUGAUUGAUGAGCUGAAGAACACCCCGUCGCGGGUCAUCCACAAGAGGCUGCAAGAUGUGUCGGAGAUGGUCGCACAUUUGCAAGCAAAGUGGCACCAAGAUCGUGUUGCAGAAGAGGCUGUGCAAACUCAUGCAGUCACGUCCGUUUCUUCUUCCGCUGCAGAACAAGUCGUAGCUGCGCCAAGCGAAGCCCUCGGCAAGUCAACAGUCAACGGGAUUCCCCCGGUUGCCACUUUGCCCCCAGGCGCUGCUUACUACCUGACACCACGUGCGGAGCAGAUACCGAACGAAGCGAACAGUGCGGCUUUGGCAUCUACCGGUACCGUGGAUGAUGCAGCAUCAUCAGCUGUGAGCGACCAUGAACUCUCGGAGAAGAGCGAGCCGGCGCUGGAGAACCAGCGUGGUCUUUCUGAAGCUGUUUGA